AUGUUCAAUGCAUUGGAUUACAAUGCCAAGGUGAAAGUAUUGAUGUCACUCUCAUUUAAGUUGACUCUUGAAUGUGGUACAAUCAAAGAGCUCAAGCGUUACAUUAAUUUCUAUGUGGUGGCCAACAAUUUUAUCCGACAUGCAUUUUCUAUUGAUGUGGAGGAACCAAAUGAAACAAUAGAUUUGAAAGAAAACUUAUUGUACAUCAACAAAAUUAAUGCUUAUCACAUGGCAGAUUUAUUAAAACAACUACCACUUGUUUUCUCACCACUCGCCGGACAAAUGUUUAAACAAUAUUUUGAGUUACAAUUUGACCAUGAUAGAGCAUGUAAGCGAGUGUAUCUAAUCGUACCGGCUUUUUUGCAGGAGAAGUAUCGUGUCAAUAUCGAUGAUUCAACAAGAAAGAUUAGAAACACCUCACAAAUGAGAGUCAACCAAAUAGUGCCCUAG